AUGAUAACAAUAGCAACAUCACUCACGCAUGCAGAUAACCACGCACAUGAGCUAUCAGAGACGAGGACGGACAGACGAAUAUCGAAACGUGAUGCCGCCAUUUUUAUCGAUAGCUUCCCAAUAGAACCAAUCUACAAACACCGCCCAAAAAUAAUUUAUAGAAGAAUAUCUAAGCAAAGGUAUAAAAGCCCAAAGCCUAAGUACGGCCCACCUAUAUACUAUAGAAAUAAGUCGAGAAAGCCUAUAAAGAAAUACAAAAGCAAUCCAAAACCGAAAUAUGGCCCACCUAGCUAUAAAAGACGUCCCAUGAAACCGAAGUACGGUCCACCUAAGUUAAAAUAUAAGUCAGCUUAUGGCCCACCUAAAAAAAUACCAGUCAGCUAUUUUUCUCAAGAACCUACAGGAUUUGGAGAACCUCCUGCAGACGUGGAACCUGAUUUUCCAACAAAGCAAAACUUCGGGGAACCUCCAUUAGAUUCUUAUGGUUCUCCUGUUAAUGCAGAUGCUAUAGAUCCUUAUAUACCAGAUCAGUACUCCCCAUCAUCAUAUUCAGAUUCACCGACUUUCGAAAAUUUAGACGAAAACUUUGGCCAAGACUUCAGACCUUGGCAAAAUUUCCAAGAACAAAAUUACAAUAAUAAUAUUGCAUAUUCUAAAAAACGUCCUGUAUUCGUUAAACCUGAUCCUUAUGAUACAGAUGAAGAUUUUGAUUUAAAUCCUUACUCUAAUAUUCAAAAGUAUAAUGAAAAUUUCGAUGAAGAACCUAUAGAAAGAAAGAGAAGGCCUUAUUAUUUGAGUGAGACUAUUAAAUUGAAAUCACGAAGACGUAAACCAGCUCCCGAGCCAGAUGAUGAAGUAUUAGUUGGAGGUCGUUAUGCAGAACCGCCAGCUAGGUUUGUUCCAAAAUAUCAACAAACCGAUUCAUUACAUUCAGAUAACGAUGAUUUUGAACCAUUAAAAGGGUUCAUAGAUCCUGAUGUUGCUAUAUCAGCAACUAUGUCGCCUUACGUAAACUAUAAACAUAGUAAUGUAGCUUUCAGCCCACAGAAUUUAAACGAUGCAUUUAGUAUAGUUGAUAAG